AUGUACUACUUCAGCCCCAUCACUGACACCAGCCAAUGGGAGCAACCCAGUGGUAACAGCAUCAGUAGUGGCAAGAUUGGGCAGGGCGACCCGAGCAGGUUUGCUGCUCGCAUCUGCUGGUCAAAACCAGCCAAUCCUGGAAAGUUCUGGCAUAUCUCGGAUCUGCACCUUGACCCUGAAUACAAAGUAUCUGAAGACCCUCUCCAGGUGUGUCCAUCAGCUGGCUCCCAACCUGUGUCCAAUGCAGGCCCCUGGGGCAACUACCUCUGUGACUCUCCCUGGGCAUUGGUCAACUCCUCCAUCUACGCCAUGAAGCAGAUCCUGCCGGAGCCGGACUUCAUUCUUUGGACCGGGGAUGACACACCUCAUGUGCCCAAUGAGCAGCUGGGAGAGGCAGCUGUUCUGGAAAUUGUUAAACGCCUGACCACGCUCAUCAGAGAGGUCUUUCCAGAUACUAAAGUCUAUGCUGCUUUGGGAAAUCAUGACUUUCACCCCAAAAACCAGUUUCCAGCAGGAAGCAACACUAUCUACAACCAGGUAGCGGAACUAUGGAGACCCUGGCUCAGUAAUGAAUCCAUUGCUCUCUUCAAAGAAGGUGCCUUCUAUUCUGAGAAGCUCCCAGAUCUGAGCAGGGUCGGAAGAAUUGUGGUCCUCAACACCAAUCUGUACUAUAGCAACAAUGAGCAGACAGCUGGCAUUGCCGACCCUGCCCAGCAGUUCCAGUGGCUGGAGGAUGUGCUGACCAAUGCUUCGCAGGCAGGGGAAAUGGUGUACAUUAUCGGCCAUGUGCCUCCUGGGUUUUUUGAGAAGACUCGGGACAAGGCGUGGUUCCGUCAGGCCUUCAAUGAGAGGUACUUGGAGGUGGUCCAGAAGCACCAUCGUGUCAUCGCAGGCCAGUUCUUUGGGCACCACCACACAGACAGCUUCCGGAUGUUCUAUGAUGACAAAGGUGCCCCCAUCAGUGUCAUGUUUCUCACACCUGGAGUCACACCCUGGAAAACCACGUUACCUGGAGUGGUCAAUGGGGCCAACAACCCAGGUAUUCGAGUGAUCGAGUAUGACCGAGCCACGCUGAGCCUGCAGGAUAUGUUUACCUACUUCGUGAACCUGAGCCGGGCCAACGAGCAGGGAACGCCAGAGUGGGAGCUUGAGUAUAGGCUGACAGAGGCCUACGGGGUUCCGGACGCUGGGCCCCACUCCAUGCACGCGGCACUGGACCUCAUCCACCGCGACCCCCGCGCUCUGCAGCGCUACUACGUCUACAACUCCGUCAGCUACGACUAUGUGGCCUGCAGUGAGGCCUGCCGCGCAGAGCACGUGUGCGCGCUGCGUGAGGUGGACUUCGACGCCUACGCUGCCUGCCUGCGCGCCCCCAGCGCUGCGCCUGCGCCCAGGCUCCCGCUGACGCUCGUGGUGCUGAUAGGCAUGCGCGCCCUGCUUGCGCAGUGA